GAUAUUGAUUAUCGUUCCUACUAAACAGAAAGAACUUCCGGGAGCAGAACCAUUGAACCAGGAAAUAAAAUUUAGGAAAACAAUGUUUUCCUUGAUGAACUGAUUGCUUGGAGAUACUGUUGGUUUGAAUUGUGCUGUUAGUUAUCAGUUUAUAUUAGUAUAGAUCUGUUUUGUCCACAUGAGUGAAAGUGAAACAGAGCCAAAUUCAGAGAGGACUCCUCUAAUGACUACUUCUGCCUCCCUCGACUCCACAACCAGGAGAAGUUUUAGACAGGAGGACUAUGACGACUUAGAGGGACAACAACCAAGGGUCAGUGCGGAAGAUGAAGGAGAAAGUACCAGAGAGAGGCCACAGAGAAGACGAGGGACCAGUGGAGAGGAGGAACAGGAAGAACAAGAGUUUUACUAUGGAGCAAAGCAUGUCAUCAUGUUAUUUGUACCAGUCACACUUUGCAUGUUGGUUGUUGUGGCAACCAUUAGCUCUGUCAAUUUCUACACAAAGAAAAGUGGCUAUUUGAUUUAUACACCAUUUCAUGAUGCCGACAAACCAGAGACAAAUACUGGGACCAAAAUCUGGCAGUCAUUAGCUAAUGCCUUUAUAUUACUGGGGGUGAUAGUUGUCAUGACUAUAAUACUGUUCCUGUUGUAUAAAUAUAGAUGUUAUAAGUUCAUACACGGCUGGCUGAUUAUGUCAUCUCUAAUGUUACUGUUCUUGUUCUCAUAUAUUUAUCUUGGUGUGGUACUACAAGCUUACAAUGUGCCUAUGGACUACAUAACAGUGGCUAUAUUGAUGUGGAACUUUGGUGUGGUAGGAAUGGUCUGUAUACAUUGGAAAGGUCCAUUAUUUCUCCAGCAGGCCUAUCUCAUUGUUAUAUCAGCACUAAUGGCGUUGAUAUUUAUUAAAUACUUACCUGAUUGGACCACAUGGGCUGUAUUAGGUGUUAUGGUAGUGUGGGAUUUAGUAGCAGUAUUAUGUCCAAAAGGUCCAUUGAAAAUGUUGGUAGAAACUGCACAAGAAAGAAAUGAACCUAUUUUCCCUGCUCUUAUUUAUUCAUCUACAAUGGUGUGGAAUGUAGCAGGAAUGGCUUCAGAUUCUGAGGGAGAAAAAGACAAGAAAUCCAGUAAAAAGAAAAAGAAACCACAGAAAGAAACCACUUUUUCAUCAUUGACCAACAAUCGAAAAUCUGACGCUGUAAGUUUAAAUGGUCCAUCUGCCACAGAAGAUGCAGACGACAAUGAUGAUGGAGGAUUUACAGGAAGAUCAGAGGAAGCAACAGAUGAUGUAGAUGAACGAGGGUUCAGAAGACGUCCAGGCAGAGAUACAACCAUGUCUUCUAGUAGUACAGAAUCACAAAGAGCACGUAGCGCUGUUAAUGCUUUGGGAGAAACAGAUCAACAUAGAAGUGAUGUUGAAGUAAGACAGCCGAGAGAAAAUAGAAAUAGUACAAGAAGUGCUGAUGAACCAGAUGAAGAAAGAGGAGUAAAGUUAGGACUUGGUGACUUUAUAUUUUAUGGUGUGUUAGUUGGUAAAGCUUCGUCCAAUGGGGAUUGGAAUACAACUUUAGCUUGUUUUGUAGCAAUUCUUAUUGGUUUAUGUUUCACAUUAUUAUUAUUAGCCAUAUUCCGUAAGGCACUACCAGCCUUACCUAUCUCUAUCACAUUUGGACUGAUUUUUAACUUUGCCACAAGUGAACUUGUUCAACCUUUCAUGGACAGACUUGCAGCUGCACAAGUGUACACCUAGCACGUGGUACAGGUGCAAUAAAGAACAAUCCAGGAGAUUAUUUUAUGUUGUAAUUUAUCAUUUUAUUUCAUUUUCUUUUACUAAAUGUGAACGUUAGUACAAUGUAUGUAAUAAACAACUAUUUUAUA